AUAUAUUUCGAGCAAAGACGAGAUGAACCGGUACACGGCACGCGAUUUUUGCGGAAGAAACACUCGCGGACUCGCAUCGCAACUUCGACUAUCACCGACAGUACCACGUUCGCACCUCCCAUAGAAGCCACCGCGGUGCCAAAUCGACAAUGACGCGCCACUGUUCUUUCGUUCUCUCGAUUCUGGCUCUCUCGAUCGCCGGUUGCGUAUUGGCCGUCCAGGCUGAAACGAGCUCCCUGCGAAGAGAGUUUUACGGGCCGAGCAAACCGGAAUUCCUCGUCGAGUACCUGGAAGGUCACGCUGCGAGGAAACAGCGCGACGACCAGGACGACCCAGCGGACGACCGUCCGCGACGCGUUCGUCCGUUCGCGCGGGACACGCAGGCUCGUCUCUCCUUCGGAUCGACGAGGUAUCUCGCCGACGACUACGCGGACGAGUCGUCGGCUGCCAGCAAAUCGAUCGCGCUCUCUCCGAUCGAUAGACAACUGCUCGAGCGGUUCGUCAAGCGAAACAUCGACGAGAUCGACCGCACGGCAUUCGACAAUUUCUUCAAGCGAAACCUCGACGAGAUAGAUCGCGUCGGCUGGAGCGGAUUCGUCAAGAGACUCGCAGACGACGUGGUCACCGGCGACGGCAGGACGAACGUGCUGGCACAGCGCGGCUGAA